AUGGCUUGCUGCGUCAACUUAUCCUCCAAAUGGGCAAAAGAGCUGUUUCGGACUGGACCACCCCAAUUGACAGCAUUCGUUCCAUCAAAUAUUCUGAUAUUUUCCAUUGUUGUCCCAACCAAAAUAAAAAAUAAAAAAAAAACGCCAGAAAUUUCAUCCGACUUAUCCAAAAAUGUGACCGACUUCAUUUUGACUCCAUUCCUUACCCUGCCUCGCCCGCAGAGAUCAGGGCGCGAGAUCACCAAGUGGGAUGCUGGAAAGGGAGGGAAAGGGCUCGUUGCGACGAAGACGACCGCGGCGAACAAGGACAAGGACAAGAAGAAGCCUGUCUCCCGAUCUGCACGAGCCGGUUUGCAGUUCCCUGUUGGUCGAAUUCAUCGUCAACUGAAGACAAGAAUUCAAGCUAAUGGCCGAGUUGGAGCAACUGCAGCUGUGUACUCGGCGGCAAUAUUGGAGUACUUAACAGCGGAAGUAUUGGAGCUUGCCGGGAAUGCAAGUAAGGAUCUGAAGGUGAAACGUAUCACUCCGCGCCACCUUCAGCUAGCAAUUCGAGGGGAUGAGGAGCUUGAUACCCUUAUUAAGGGCACGAUUGCUGGUGGCGGAGUCAUCCCUCACAUCCAUAAGUCUCUCAUUAACAAGUCUACUAAAGAAUGAUUAUGUUUAAUUUUCAUGGAUUUAAAGUUUAUGGCUAUGUAAACCUGAUCAGACCAGUGAUUUUGUUGUUCUGAUUAUGAAACUGUAUACCUUAUGAGGGGUAAAUGUGAAACUGUGGGCGUCAAUUUGAACA